AAGCCUGAAACCCUCAUAUCUCUCAAAUACAGUUUCUCUCACAAAUGUCAUCUCCACCACCACCACCUACAAUGGAGUCUCUGAUACUGCAGCUCCACGACAUCGCCGCCGUGAAAUUCGGCAACUUCAAGCUGAAAUCCGGCAUCUCCUCCCCAAUCUACAUCGACCUCCGCCUCAUCGUCUCCUACCCUUCCCUGCUCCGCCAAAUCUCCCAGACGCUCAUCGCCGCCGUGCCUUCCGCCACCCCCUACGACGUCGUCUGCGGCGUCCCCUACACCGCCCUCCCCAUCGCCACCUGCAUCUCUAUGUCCUCCGGUAUCCCCAUGCUCAUGCGCCGCAAGGAAGUUAAGGACUACGGCACCGCCAAGGCUAUUGAGGGGGCGUUUGAGCAGAAUCAAGUCUGCCUCAUUGUCGAGGAUCUGGUCACCAGCGGGGCAUCCGUGCUUGAGACGGCGGCGCCGCUCCGUGCCGCCGGACUGAAAGUCACCGACGCCGUUGUCAUGAUUGACAGGGAGCAAGGAGGGAGAGAAAAUUUGUCAGAAAAUGGGAUCAAACUUCACGCAAUGGUGAAGCUGAGUGAAAUGGUGAGGAUUUUGAAGGAAAAGGGGAGAGUAUCCGAAGAGACCGAGAAGAUGGUGAUGAAGUUCUUGGAAGACAAUCGCAAGGUGUCAGUUCCAUUGCCGGCUGCAGCUGAGAAGAAGCCCAUAGUUAGACUUCCAUAUGGAGAGAGGGCAAAGCUAGCAAAGAAUCCAACUGGAAAGAAGUUAUUUGAAAUUAUGGUGCAAAAAGAAUCUAAUUUGUGCUUGGCUGCUGAUGUUUCUACUGCUGCGGAGUUGCUCGACAUUGCUGAAAAAGUUGGACCCGAGAUCUGCAUGUUAAAAACCCACGUGGAUAUACUGCCUGAUUUCACACCUGAUUUUGGAUCUAAACUUCGACUGAUUGCAGAGAAGCAUAAUUUCGUAAUUUUUGAGGAUCGUAAGUUUGCUGACAUUGGCAACACAGUCACCAUGCAGUAUGCAGGAGGUAUCUUCCGUAUAUUGGAGUGGGCAGAUAUAGUAAACGCUCAUAUAAUCUCAGGUCCUGGAAUUGUGGACGGCUUAAAAUUGAAGGGUUUGCCACGUGGCAGAGGUCUGUUGUUGCUUGCUGAAAUGAGUUCCUCCGGGAACCUUGCCACGGGUGCGUACACAGCUGCUGCAUUGAAAAUUGCCGAAGAACAUCCAGAUUUUGUUAUUGGAUUCAUAUCUGUCAAUCCAGCAUCUUGGCCUACUGGACCAGGAAAUCCAUCUCUUAUUCAUGCAACCCCCGGUGUUCAAAUGGUUAAAGGUGGAGAUGCUCUGGGCCAGCAAUACAACACUCCCUCUUUUGUAAUUUCAGACAGAGGAAGUGACAUCAUCAUCGUUGGUCGUGGCAUUAUAAAGGCAACGAACCCUGCAGAGGCAGCUAGGGAGUAUCGGCUCCAAGGAUGGGACGCGUACCUGGUCAACUGCAACUAAUAAUUCUAUUCUUCCGAGUUUAAGUUUCAUGGUGAGUUGACUUUUUUUUCUUCUCCGAAUAGAAAACAAGCCUUUGAAGUGGUUGACUUUUAACAAUUCUCUUGAAUAUGCAUAAGUUGAUUUGCAACAUCUAGUAUCUAUCUAUAUGCUUAUUAUUUAAGAUGGUAAACCGCAUAUAUAAAGAUAAAUUGUUUGUUCCGUUCGAACUGGCCGUUUAA